UCUAGUCUCCCUGGGUGGGGGCGGAACUCGAGAAUUGUCAUGAUGACGUUUCAAUCAUAUCGUGAAAGGAAAUCGAACGGAGUAAUUACAAUAAAUUACUCAUCUAGUUCAAACCCAUUUAAAUUGUUUGUUGCGUUCCUUUGUCUCACUAAAUAAUUUGUGCUGUAAAUCAUAACUCGUCAUCUGGACAUCUUGGAAGUGUAAAUAUUUGAAAUGGCUGGGCACAAGUAUAUCAACCCAAACAACUUGUUCGAGGACGAGGAGGACGUAGACGACGACACUUUUGUAAACGCGUACAGGAGUCGUAAUCCACCACCAUCAGCCGUGACCCGACCUGCCAACACGUCCAGUACAGCUUAUGGAGGCCACAUAGCUAAUUUAGAACGACAAAGGCAAGUGAUGUUGGAGAGACAAAGGGAGAUCGAGCAGCGCACGUUAGACUCUUCUGCACGUAGCGUGCAGCUCCUGCGAGACUCCGAAAACAUUGGUAUCGCCACAGCCGAGGAGCUGGCGCGGCAGCGCGACGCGCUCGACAACACCAACCGCCGUCUGGAUGAGAUCAACACAAACCUAAACACGACGCAGAAACAUCUUAAUGGGAUCAAAUCAGUGUUCUAUGGUCUCAAAAACUACAUAUCAGGCAAAUCUGAACAACCUCCAUCCCGAAGUCAAGCCUCUCCUAAUUCUCAAACAGACCGGGUUGGUGCAAGCAGCAGCAGAUUAAAUGAAACUUUAGAUAAUAUAGGCCCCAUGAGUUCUGGCAUCGGAGACAAUUACAAUUCACAUCCAUCUACACGGCUACGAGGAAUGGAUCAGCAAACCUUGGCUGACCCUGUGACUGACAGUGACCGUGUUAACAAAAUGUUAGAUGCAAACUUAGAUGAGAUGGUCCAUGCUAUAACAAGACUUAAAGGUUUAGGGGCAGCUCUUGGUGAAGAAAUUGAACAACAAAAUGACCUCAUAGACACCAUCCAAGACAAAGUUGAGGGGGCCGAUAUUAAAAUUGGCCGACAAAAUAAGCAGAUGAAUAAACUACUGGGGAAAUAGUGAAUGGAUUUGAAGCUGGGUGUUCUUAGAGAAAUGAGGUAGCAUAUGCAACAAUGUGUUACCUAAUGAACUAUUUCAAUAUGUAAAUGUGCUUGCUAAAAUACCAUUUGGCCUGAUUUACACUCAUAAACAAGUUUAUGCUGCGAGGAAAUAUGGGAUAAUCUUUUUUUUUCCAUUUUAUUGUUUUGUUUGGAAUGAAGCCAAACAAAAACCUGUUUGUUGGCAAUCUGAUACUGUGAAUGCAACAAGUUUUUGUAUUGGAAAACCCCACAAUAUCUGGCUGGUCAAACCCACAUUUUUUAUCCCCAACCCAAGUGGUAUUCCCAACUUGCAAUCACACAGCUACCUUUCAAAUAAUUAUUUAUAAUAUGGACCACAUAUAAAUUUGUUGUGUUCUGGUUCUCACAUACAUUAGUUAAUGAGAUAAUAAUAUAAUUAAUUAGUAUAAGGCUAUGUAUAGGGUCCAUACUGUUUGUCUUAAUUGGUAAACAGAAAAACAAAUGGAUUGUUUUACUUAUUCCUCAAUUUAGCUAAUUGUAAUAUCAUUAUUUGUAUCAUGUGUCAUGCAUUAAACGCAAAUAAAAAAUAUUUGAAGGUCAUGUUUUUUUACCAAAUAAGUGGAGUAAGAAUGAAUGGGCUUCAGUAGAAGUAGAACAUGUAAUUAGUUUAAGUUUUUACUACUUUAGAAGACUAUGUUCCAGAUUAUUAUUUUACUAGAUUUAUUUUGAAGUAUAUUUUUUGUUACUGUCUUAUUAGGUUUAUGUCCACAUGUAGAUAAAAAUAUAAAUAACUAAAAAAUACUCCUGUUAAAUCGCAAACUGCUAAUUAGUUUUAUCAGCAUAUUAUCACCAAAAGAAUGCUAUAAACAUGUUACAAUAUGAAAAUUGUCCUCAUUAUUUUAUAUGUAUAAUAA